AUGCCAAUGGAAAAUAGUAUUCUCGAGACAUCUGAUGAUGGAAGUGGCAUGAUGGAUAAUAGAGAUCAACGAAGCAUCAACGAAGAAAACGUAUUCUACGAAGCCAAUACAGAGGAAAACAAAGAAAUGGACAUUCAGGAAGUGGAACCCGGAAUGAUACAUCCAGAAUUCAUGUACAACGAGCACGAUGAAUCUAUAUUUGAUGAUGAGAAUGUGUUCCCCAGUCUUAAUCCAAAGGCAGACGACAUAGUCAAAUUUGACCACAAUAAUCCGGAAUUAAUAAACCAUGGUACUUUGAAGGCAUUGAUAGUACAAUUGACAUCACCAGAGAUAAUUGACUAUAAUUUGAUUUGUGAUUUCUUCCUUACAUACAGAAUAUUUGUUGAUAGUGAAAAGGUGAUGAAUAUGUUAUUGAUAAGAUUGAUAUGGUCGUUACAGUAUAUCAAUUCGAAUAACGAAGCAAGUGUAAAAAUUGGUAAAUUGGUAUUAUUAAGAACUUUCGUAGUGUUGAGACAUUGGAUGUUAAACUACUUUGUUGACGAUUUUGACUCUAAUAACCACUUAUGUGAUAUAUUCACUUAUAACAUGAAUCAAAUAACAAAUGAAUCGAAUCUAGUUACAGAUGAUAUGUUUUUCGAACAAAAAGUGUUAAAAGAUUUAAAAAUUCACUGGAUUUCUUUACUCAACGAGUUUUGGAAUGUAGAUAUUGACCUUGGUAUAAUAUCAGAUGAUGUUUUACAAUAUAAAUUACCUAUGAUAUUUGAGAUUUCAAACGUCAAGAAGUUAUCCAAAAGCAAUACUGAAAUGUCCAUUCAUACAAAUGCUUCAUAUAGAAGAUCUGCCAUGUUAUCAUUAUAUGAUCCAAAGAUCCAGCAUAAAUGUCUUAUUUUCGGUACCAAUGGUAAUGAUGAAAACCCACAACUUUCUGUAAACAAUUUGUUGCUCCACCAUCGGUCAUCUAGACUUUCAGUAAAUACAAAACUACAGGAACUCAAAGACAAAAAAUUGAAAGAUGUAACCGUGGAAAGGAAGCCGUUAUCAUCAAACACAAAACAUAAUCAUAUGAAUCUUCAAGAUUCAUCGUUAGGAUUAAAGAAAACUUCACAGAAUAAGCAACAGAUUCCUGAAGAAACGCAGCAUGGCAUGGUGACUCCAAUUAAGAAUAAAGAAAAUAUAAAUUCAAACUAUAAGCUUUCUCCGAUUAAAAUGGAAAACAUUGGGUUUUCGACAAAUGGUAAUGUAAAACUUCCUUCUUCGAAAGUGAGCUCGAUUUUACCUCCUACUCCGGCGAAGAAAAUGGACUAUGUUAUCAAACAAAGUAAUGUGGAUGACCCAUUCCACAAACCUAACCAUUAUAUUAAGGAUGGGAAGUCUACAGAUGAUGCAUCAAAUGAUUUUGGAAGAAAGAAGUCAUUGAAAAAGUUUGUUGAUGGAUGGAAAAAAUCAUUUAAUCAUAGUUCAUCAAACGCUCCUCAUCAAUCACACACAAAAGAUAAUAGUCAGGGUAGUAAGGAUAUGAAUAAUUUAAUUAAAGAUGCAAUGAACGUAAUGUCUGAAAAUGAUGAGGAAAAUAUUGGGGAUAGAGUUGAUAUCCUAUGUGCCAGAGCUGUGGACGAAUUGGAAUAUUUAAUACGGUGUUAUGUUGGCAAUGAUUCUCCUUGUACUAUAAUCGAAGGGGAUAUAGAUGGUAUUGAUGAACAUAAUAAAACGGAUCCAAUUGAUGAAUUUGUCGAGGUCACUGUUGAUGAUUACCGUGAAGAUAAUAAAGUAGAUCUUUAUGAUGACGAAUCAAUUGAUAUAAUGGCAUCUCCAGCAAAGAAGGCUAGAGUAAAAAGCACAACUCACAGUAGUCCUGUGCAAGGAAAGAUUGAAAAUAUUGAGGACAACGAGGAUUCAUCGGCAAUUGAUAUUAAUGAUUUAUCAGAGCUAAAUCUCAAAAAGAUCGAUAAUUUGAUCAAUACAGAUGAGCUAACUAAUGGAGAACAAUGUCACGAUAAAGAAAAUUAUAACCAGCGAAGCCGUACUCCAGUUGACCAAAUAUUUGGAAGAUCGUUUGACGCAUCAAAUCAAUCUUCAUUUCAGAGACCAGCAAGCAUCAAUUGGAAUGAUGAGGGUAAUCUUGACUUAGAAUAUUCAGAAAAUAAGACAACUGGGUCUGUGGACGAUUUUGACGAUGAACCUAAAUCUCCAAUAACUCAGGACCAGUCAUUUGGCCUUGGUUCUCAAUUACCACCGGACCCCCAAUACCUUUUCAACAAUCAAUUUAAUAAGUCAUUUGAAUCUUCAAUCUCAACACCUAGUAACAUAACACAAUAUAAUGCUGAAGUCGCAGAUCUUGGAAUUGCCUUAAGCCCCCAACUGAUCAAAAAGAAUUCGGUAAGAAGAAUUAGUUUUAAUGAAGCUAACUUGACAAAGAAUAAUAGCAACCGGAAACGCAUGUCUACGUUAUCAAAAAAUUCAUCUGGUUCAAUAUUUCGGAAAGAUAGCAGAAACUCUGCAAAGUCUUAUGUUAGUUAUGAUUCAGCUUUUUCAAUUUCUAAUGGAUCAGUCAGCUAUAAAAAUAAGGAACCAGAUAAUGGGGAAUUAAGGAAAAAGAUGGCCCAUGCUGAUCUUCGUACUAUUGCUGGCAUUAAUGAUCAAAGACCAGCAUUGGAUUCUAGAAUAAGCAUGGAGUCAAUGUCAAUGAGCUCAUAUCUUUCAAGGUCCUCAUCAUUAAGGAAAAGUGUUCGGUUUAGUACAUUAUGUGCCUUGACUGAAUUACCAUUUGGUGAAUAUAAUGCAUCGAGUACCUCGGCUGAUAGACGUGUUCCAAGCACCAGGAAAGAAAUUAGACAACUGGAUAUUUCGGAUAGUUCGUUCUUUUCGGUUGCAGCUAGAUCGAAGACAAACUCUGUAAUGGUAUGUAAUGAACAAAAUACCCAAAAUAGCCACAAUUCAUCUAAUAAUUCAGUGGCCAUACCAGGAAUUAGCAAUUUCGUCUUGAAAGAACUAGCAGAUAUACCAGAUGAAUCUUAUCAAUUACACAGUCCACUUGAUCAUGCAUUAUACAAACUAGAAGGAAAGAAAUCAAAUUCAAGCGAUUCAAAACACGAAAUAAAGCACGAGGAAUUACCAAGAGGAGCGUCUAACGUGGAGCAACAAGCAAACGAGAGUAAUAUUACACCUGAUAACACCCAAGAUAUUUUAAAUGAAAUCAAUAAUGCCAACACUCAGGAUAUAGACGAUUAUCCGAGUGAUAUUGUUGAUAUGACUCAGGAGAGACCCUUAACCCCUGUUAAAAAUAUAAUGGUUGUUAGAUCGCCACAGAAGAAAACGGCAAGAGGAUCAUUAAAGAAAAACGAAAGUGUUUUCUUCGUUAGUAAUGGGCCCAGUCCAAGACAAUUUCCAUCACCUAAAACUAUUUUGAAUGGAUAUUAUAUUUCUACGGAUAUUUUGUCAAUAGAGAAAGUAAUGGAGGCGGACUCACAUAUUUCGUUUUUAUUGAGCUAUGACUCGAAGUCGUUAGCGGACCACUUCACCAUAAUUGAAAAAGAUAUUCUACAGGAGAUCGAUUGGAAAGAGCUAAUCGAACUUAAGUGGAACAAAGAACUAGUCCCCGUGAACAGUUGGCUUGAGAUCAUCGUCAACGACGACUACUUUCACAAAAACAGAGGGGUCAAUUUGGUCAUUGCAAGGUUUAACUUAAUGGUUAACUGGAUUAUAUCUGAAAUUUUGAUGUCCAAAACGCAACUCGAAAGAAUCAGCAUCAUCUCUCGGUUGAUCCACAUAGCGCAUAACUGCUACGUAUUGCAAAACUUUUCAACAUUGAUGCAGAUUAUCCUCGGAUUGAUGUCUGAAAAGGUCCUGAAAUUGAAAGAAACCUGGAAGAACUUGCCUCCGGGGGACAUCUUGAUCUUGAAAAACUUGGAAGAGCUCUCCUCGCCAUUGAAAAAUUUCGUUAACAUUCGGUUGUGUAUAAACCGCAUAAAACCAUCCAACGGUUGCAUUCCGUUUGUUGGAUUGUACUUAUCUGACCUUAUCUUCAAUGCUGAGAGACCUGCGUUCAUCAAGACUCAAAUCCCCCAUGCUGCGAAAAAUAAUGAUACCACCGGUGGGGACUCUACAUUGAAUACUCAAAAUAUUGCAGCAAAAAUGAUCAAUUUCUCUCGUUUCAGAACUUCGGUCCACAUCGUCAAGUCAUUAUCCCAAUGCAUCGAAUGGUCCUCCAAUUACGAUCUUUCCAUACAAAAAGACUUGUUGUCCAAAUGUCUCUACAUUAAGUCCUUGGACGAAGAAGAGAUGAACUUCUGUUUACUGAAUAUUGUCGACCCAUGA